AUGGCACAGACCCAAAGAACCCGAUACCUGAAGACCGGCGCUAUUAUCGCAUUUGUGUUUAUGGUCGUUUUGUGGUUGUCCCCGUCUCGCUCCGCUGUUUCUAGCUACAGUCAAGAGCAAGCCCCUUCGACCUCCGGUUCAUCCACCAAGUGCACCAAGCCUUUUGAUUCUUCCAAGCCCUUGAUUCAAUAUGCGCUCAUGAUCGAUGCCGGAAGCACUGGGUCCCGCAUUCACGUCUACCGAUUCAACAACUGUGGUUCCACUCCGGAAUUGGAGAACGAGGUCUUCGAGCAGACCGCGAAGAAGGAGGGUGGCGGCUCUGGUCUCAGCUCUUACAAGGAGGAUGCCGAAGGUGCUGCUCUCAGUCUGGAUCCUCUCAUGGAGGUUGCUAUGCAGAACGUCCCCGCGGAGUACCGGUCUUGCACCCCGGUUGCGGUCAAGGCUACCGCCGGUCUGCGUCUUUUGGGCCCCGAGUUGAGCACAAACAUUUUGGACGCUGUGCGCCACCGUCUGGAAACCGCGUACCCCUUCCCCGUUGUCGCCAAGGAGAAGGGCGGCGUGGAGAUCAUGGACGGUAAAGAUGAGGGUGUUUAUGCUUGGAUUACCACUAAUUACCUCCUGGGCAAGAUCGGUGGACCCGAUCUGACCCCCACCGCUGCUGUCUUCGACUUGGGUGGUGGUUCCACUCAGAUCGUUUUCCAGCCUACCUUUGAGCAGAGCAAGGCUGGUGGUAUGCCCGAGCACAUGGCUCCUGGUGACCACAAGUACGAGCUCAACUUCGGUGGCCGCGAGUUUGAACUUUACCAGCACUCCCACCUUGGCUACGGUCUGAUGUCGGCUCGUGAAGCUGUCCACAAGGUUGUCCUUGAAGCUAUGUUGGCCAACAACCCUAAGGAUCUGUCCUGGUUGAAGCGUCCCAUCUCUAACCCUUGUAUUGGCCCCGACAUGGAGCGUGAGGUCACCGUGAAGUUCGCGGAGCCUCACCCUCUUAGCCCCUCGGUAACUGUGAACAUGGUGGGUCCCAAGGACUCCACUGCUGCUCCCCAGUGCCGUGCUCUUGCCGAGAAGACCUUGAAGAAGGACAACGACUGCAAAUUGGCUCCUUGUUCGUUCAACGGUGUUCACCAGCCAUCUCUGGAAAAGACCUUCUCUCGCGAGGAUGUUUACGUUUUCUCCUACUUCUACGACCGCACUGCUCCUCUGGGCAUGCCUUCCUCCUUCACUGUGGGUGAGCUUCGAGACCUCACCUCUACUGUCUGUGGUGGUGAAGACAGCUGGGGUGUAUUUGAGAGUGUUGAGGGCGCCAUGGUUGAGCUGCGUGAUCGUCCGGAAUGGUGCUUGGACCUGAACUUCAUGCUCAGCCUCCUCCACACUGGUUACGAUAUGCCCCUAUCUCGCGAGGUCAAGAUUGCUAAGAAGAUCAAGGACAACGAGCUGGGCUGGUGUCUUGGUGCUAGCUUGCCUCUUCUCAGCCAGGAAUCUGGCUGGACAUGCCGCAUCAAGGAGGUCUCGUAA